AUGACGGACGGCCACCACUUCAACAACAUCCUCCUCGGAGGGCGCGGUGGCACGAACCCUGGUCAGUUUAAAGUGUAUUCUGGUGGACUUGCAUGGAAGAGACAAGGUGGAGGAAAGACCAUUGAGAUUGACAAAGCUGAUGAUGUGAGCAGCUUGACCAACUUCAUACAAAAGAAUAUGGGCGUCACACCAGAUGAAAAACAGCUUUCUGUUAGUGGCCACAAUUGGGGAGGGAUUGAUAUAGAUGGAAACAUGCUAACCUUUAUGGUUGGUUCAAAGCAAGCAUUUGAAGUAUCCCUAGCAGAUGUUGCACAAACCCAGAUGCAAGGAAAAACAGAUGUUCUCUUAGAGCUUCAUGUUGAUGAUACUACUGGAGCCAAUGAGAAAGACUCCCUCAUGGAUUUAAGUUUUCAUGUGCCUACUUCGAAUACUCAGUUUGUUGGGGAUGAGAAUCGCCCUCCGGCUCACAUUUUAUGGGAGACUAUAUUGAAAUUUGCUGAUGUUGGUUCUUCUGAAGAACCAGUUGUCACGUUUGACGGAAUUGCAAUUCUUACACCAAGAGGACGUUAUAGUGUUGAGCUUCAUCUGUCAUUUCUGCGACUCCAAGGACAAGCUAAUGAUUUCAAAAUCCAAUACAGCAGCAUUGUUCGCCUCUUUCUUUUGCCAAAGUCAAACAAUCCUCAUACGUUUGUUGUUAUCACUCUUGAUCCACCAAUCCGUAAAGGACAAACAUUGUAUCCUCACAUUGUUAUUCAGUUUGAGACAGAGGCAGUAGUUGAAAGAGACCUGGCAUUGAGUAAAGAGCUGUUGGUUGACAAAUACAAGGACAGGCUUGAGGAAUCUUACAAGGGUCUAAUACAUGAGGUAUUUACCAAAGUCCUUCGUGGUCUAUCUGGUGCUAAAGUCACAAGGCCAGGUUCUUUCAGAAGUUGCCAAGAUGGAUAUGCAGUUAAAUCAUCACUCAAAGCUGAAGAUGGACUGUUGUAUCCACUUGAAAAGGGCUUCUUCUUCCUGCCAAAGCCACCUACACUCAUUCUUCAUGAGGAGAUUGAGUUUGUUGAAUUUGAACGUCAUGGUGCUGGGGGUGCCAGUAUAUCAUCUCACUAUUUUGACCUCCUUGUCAAACUGAAAAAUGACCAAGAGCAUCUCUUCAGAAAUAUUCAAAGGAAUGAGUACCACAACCUCUUCAACUUCAUCAAUGGAAAGAACAUUAAAAUAAUGAACCUUGGAGGAGAUGGUCAAGGUGCAAGUGGUGUAGUUACAGAUGUUCUACGAGACACUGAUGAUGAUGCCGUUGAUCCACAUCUAGAGCGUAUUAAGAAUCAGGCUGGGGAUGAUGAAAGACAUGAGAAGAAAAAGGCAAAGAAGAAAAAAGAUCCUAAUGCCCCCAAAAGAGCAAUGACACCGUUCAUGUAUUUCUCAAUGGCUGAGCGAGGAAACAUGAAGAGCAGCAACCCAGAUUUGCCUACGACUGAGAUUGCAAAGAAGCUUGGGGAGAUGUGGCAAAAGAUGUCAAGCGAAGAGAAGCAGCCUUACAUCCAGCAGGCCCAGGUCGACAAGAAACGUUAUGAAAAAGAGUCCGCCGUCUAUCGAGGUGAAGCUACAGCUGAUGUGGAUUCUGGCAACGAGUCUGACUAG